UUUCUUUCUCUUGGUGUGUUUGACGUCACUGGCUACAGGUGACGUCAGACCUCACCUGACUUCGGCCAAGCAUCACGUUCCUUCACAUCAUGGCAGCAGUGGACAUCAUGGAAAGCUAGGACAUCAUGGUAGCCAUGGACAUCGUGGAGGUGUGGGUAAUAAAGGACAUCUCCAAAGUCUUGGACAUGAUUCUGGACAUCAUGAGACCUAUCAACCGCCUCGCUACAGCUACAAGUACGUUGUCAACGACGAGUACUCCGGCAACCACUUCGGCCACAGCGAAUCUCGGGAGAGCUACGACACGGAGGGAGAAUACUUCGUCCACCUCCCCGACGGGCGAGUCCAGACAGUCGCUUAUCGCGCAGACGACAGCGGGUACCACCCUACGGUAUUAUACGACGGCGAGGCUCGCUAUGCCGCCCACGCCCCUGCUCACAGCAAAUCUCACGCCCACGGUUCAGCCUAUAAAGCUCCCACGGUAUCUCACGGGGGAUCAAAACACGCUCACGUUCCAAGUCCUGCUUAUCACGCCCCUAAAGCUUCUUACCGUGAGCCCGCCCACGUCCACGCUCACGCCCCCGCCAAAAGCUCUCCUUCCUAUGUUCCUAAGACGUUGCAUCAUGAGCCAACAAACACCCAUGCUCCUAGGACUUCUUACCAUGAGCCCGCCCACGUCCACGCCCACGCUCCUGUCAAAAGCUCUCCUUCCUAUGUUCCUGAGACGUCGUAUGAUGAACCAACACACGCCCACGCUCUCGAUUCUUCUUACCACGCUCCUGAGACUUCUUACCAUGAGCCCGCCCCACGUUCCUGUCAAAAGCUCUCCUUCCUAUGUUCCUGAGACGUUGUAUGAUGAACCGACACGCGCCCACGCCGUCGAUUCUUCUUACCACGCUCCUGAGAUUUCUUACCAUGAGCCCGCCCACGCUCCUGUCAAAAGCUCAUCUUACCAUGCUCCUAAGACUUUGUAUGAUGAGCCAAUACACGCCCACGCUCCCGAAACCUCUUACCACGAGCCAACCCACAUCCACGCCCACGCUCCAGCCAAAAGCUCUCCUUACCGUGCUCCUAAGACUUUGUACGACGAGUACGAUGAGCCAACGCACGCCCUUGCCCACGCUCCUGAGACCUCUUACAAUGCCCCAGAAUCUACUUAUCACGAACCACACAUACCAUUCGAGGACGCUGGUCCGCUCUUCCGCGAUACUGUCGAAUCUCUCAUGAACGUUAACGAAUAAAAUAUUUAAUUUA